UACAGGUCAGACGUGUGCUUCAUGAUGUGGAGACUCGCGUUGAUUCUUUUCUCUUGUGCCCAUGUGCACGUGAUGUCCCAUGAAACUGAAGUGGAGUGUCAGGAAUUUGAAGGAUUACCUCCCCGCAGGGACCCAUCUCCAUCCCACCUGGCAAACUUGACGGUGGAGUUGGUGACAGUGGAAGGAAAGGGUACGCUGAACAUCAGCUGGGCAGUCAACAUGGAUGCUAGUGUGCAAUAUCUGACUGGAACACAUAUCCGACUGGAUGAAGCGUACCACUGUGAAUACAACCCACCUUUUGCAAAACAAAACGUGACUGGGCCCCCACAGAAAUGGUUUCAUUAUUUAAUAAGAGCAAGCCAUGGCUUCAACCAUAUCCAAGCUGCUAAUUUUCCUUUGCCUCCAUCGAAAGACUUCUCUUACGAGUCGGUAAUAAUUGUGAUACCUCGUUCACCUCCAAGUUUUACACAAACAUCUUCUCAAGUUUCUUCAAUUGCAGCUGACCCUCGAGUUGGGAACUCUACUCCAUUCUUGGGAAUAGGUCGUGGCUAUGUCAUCAUUUUCGGAGGACUGGCCGGUUUGAUGAUCCUGACUUCGUGCUACAUAAUCUAUAAAUGCUGUCGAACCUUCAAGGCUACACCAUUUGGUUUCAAAAGUUUGCCUCAAACUCCCAUGGUUCCGGUCCCUGUCCUCGUGGUUUACCCUGCUGAGAAUGCAGCCUUCCAGCAGGCUGUGGUGGCCCUGGCAGAGUUCCUGCAGUUGCACGGUGGCUGUAACGUGGCUAUCGACAUGUGGCAGCAGGGGAAGAUUGCAGGGCUGGGGCCGAUGCGCUGGCUGGCGGAACAGGCCAAAGCUGCCGACCGAGUGCUCAUCAUCUGCCCUCAGCACUCUUCACAGCCCUGCCACUCUCCUCCUGACGGCAGUUUCCCACAACCCUCCAUCCCAGCAGCAGCUCAUGACCUUUACCCCCUCAUCCUCAACAUGGUGGCUGGGCACGCAAAGAGCACCAGUGACCUGUCUAAAUUCUGGGUGGUGCAGCUGGGCAAGCAACAGGACAAAAGGUUGUGUAGGGAUGUGGAAGUUGAACUGCGGGCGUGCAAGUCCUUCUGUUUGAUGAAGGAUUUGAACAAACUUUGCAGGAGUCUUCAUACUCAGAGGCAGGGCAACAAGACAAUGUCAUAUCUGAGCUCCAAGGCCCAGGUUUCCUACAGUGAAAAGAGCAGAGUGAAGUUACAAGAAUCUGUAGUAAAGAUUUUCCGAGAGGUGGAACUACUGAGAAAUGAGAUCACGUCUGUUUGAACAUCUAAUGAGAACGAGGAGAGACUAUAUUAUGAGCCAAGAGGGAUGAAAACUCUUCCAUUACUGCUAUUGUUUUGUAAAAUGCAAACCACAUGCACGUUUCUGUCAGGAUGUGAUCUGUGUUUUGCAGUAAUUCAUAGUGUAGUCUGUUUAUUCAUCUAUUUUCUAAUAACACAAAUGUUUUUCUAGUAGUGUAGAAACUGUCCUCAAACAUGUUCUGUAUUUAUCAUCAUGUAAAAACUGUAAACAGCUUCAAGACUGAAAGUUUUCUAAAUAUUCUUCAAAUCAUAAACAAUACCAUAAUCUUUCAGGCAUAGUUCAGAACUGUGACAGCCUGUCACCUUACAUGCUAACGUACUGAAUACAAAUGUUACAGUUAUAAUUUAAUUUAUUUUGUUUACAAGUCAUUAUACUGUUUGAUUUUUGGAUACCUUGACAAACACACUUUGAGACGGACUGGAAGUAUAACACAUGAAACACAAUAUUAAAUUGUUUUAAAUAAGGAUAGUAACCUUGUCCACAUUAACCCACACCUAAUGUUAACCAGUUAAUGGAACAGUUGUAUUAACUUUGUUUGCCUUCUCUCCCUCUGUUUGACCAGUUUUAUGAUGAAUAAAUAAAAUAAUCA